AUGUUUCUGACGCGGUCUGAGUACGAUCGCGGUGUGAACACCUUCUCGCCAGAGGGUCGUUUGUUCCAAGUCGAAUAUGCGCUGGAAGCUAUCAAGCUAGGCUCCACGACUGUGGGCAUUGUUACACGCGAAGGCGUCGUGCUGGGUGUUGAGAAGCGUGUCCAAUCGUCGCUGCUGGAAAGCAGCUCCAUUGAAAAGAUCAUGGAGAUCGAUUCGCACCUGGGUGCUGCGAUGAGUGGACUCACGGCCGAUGCACGUACUAUGAUUGAUCAUGCGCGUGUGACUGCGCAAAAUCACCGUUUCGUGUACGAUGAGGAGAUCAAAGUGGAGAGUGCCGCGCAGGCCGUGGGCGACCUGGCUUUGCGCUUUGGUGAGAAUACAGAAGAUGAUGAGGCCAUGAUGAGUCGGCCGUUUGGCGUGGCGCUUCUCAUUGUGGGUAUCGAUGAAAAUGGACCGCAGCUCUUCCAUGCGGAUCCCUCAGGCACAUAUGUUCGUUACGAUGCCAAGGCGAUCGGCAGUGGCUCGGAAGGUGCACAGAGUGAGCUGCAGGAGAAGUACAAGAAGGAUCUGUCUUUGCAUGAAGCAUCGCUGCUCACGCUGCGUGUACUCAAGCAGGUCAUGGAAGAGAAGCUCGAUGAGCACAAUGUCCAACUAGCCCAGGUCACGCCCAGGACCGCCAAGGAUGGGCGGAUGACGGGUCAAUUUGAGAUUCUCAAAGAGGAACAGCUCAAGGCCCUGGUAGAGGCUAUGUAG